AUGCUAAACCGACGCGGCACAGAGGCCUCACCACGUGGGGACUAACUUCCGCAACACUGAUGCGGCUUCAGAUUGGCUGCAGGAAGCUCCUGCAGCCAAUCCAAAGCCGCGGACACCUCUGGGCAAAGCCCCUUCCUUCCCGCUGAGGCAGCCGCGUAUGGUCAAAAGCCAAGCAGGAGGAAACGGUGGUGGCGGGGAGGCUGCCUCCGCAGCCCAGGCCGUUGGAAUGGGAUCUGCACCCCGCGGACCCCUGGUCGAGGCAGAGGAUGUUGCCACCGCAGAAAACGUGGCAUCAGUGGCUGUGCCGUGACUGGCGGGGGGGCUCCUUUUGGGAUAGGGGGUGCUUUUGGCAGAGGGUGGGUCCGGCCCCCAAGGUCUGAGGGACAGUGGACCAGCCCCCUCCUGAAAAGGUUUGCUGACCCCUGGCAUAGGCAUUGCACUAGAAGAGUUCUGAAGAACAUGAAAACUUAUUCAUUGGUUUGUUGCUAGAUUGGCUAGUUCUAAAUACAUAGCCCACAGCUGUCUCUAUUUACUGUCCUGCAAAACCAAUCAGUGAUUGGUUUGGAGCUAUGGAGUUCCCCAGAGAAUUUAUUAGCUGGUUCUAAUUAAGCUAUUAUACAACUUAGUUUUGUACUGAGUUUUCAUCUCUCAACUGAACCAGCACAGGCUACUUGCUACCUGUUUUCUGAGCUUGUCUCUGGCUAAGUCAAAAAACAGCUUUGUCUGUUCUGCUAGGGAGUGGCUGUGGUCAACCAGAGACAACAGGAUUCACACAGAAAACAGAUAGCUUGUGGUCUGCCAAUUUGCCUUCCCACCCCCCAAAAAUGGCCCAAAAUACCCCUCACCCUACCUUGAGAUAACUGCAGGCUGCAUUGUUUUAAAUGUUGCUGGCUAUUAGAUAUGAGAGUUAAUAGUUUCAGUUGGUUUAAUUUAGCCCUUGCUUGGCUCCUUGGCUGAAAUGGAAUGAUUUAUGUACAUUAAGACUCCUCAGAACCUUUUAAAAAGUAUAAUAAUAAUCCAAAAAACAACAUUCAAGGACAAUGUGGUGGUUAACAAUAGGAAGUGGAGCAAAGACCGAAUGGAACAGUCAAAAGGACAGCCCUGUGUGGGGCUGAGAAAGUGGUACAUGAAGUGUGUGUAAGAGUGAGAGGCAGAGAAACAGACUAUUAAGGGAUGUUGCAAGAGAGUGAACAAUGACGUAGGGGUGUGUGAAAUCGACUUCCCUAAAUCAGUGGAGAUCUGAUUUCGCAAGCUUGAUGUUAGCUUAGUGACUUUUUUAUAGUGACUUACCAUUGAAACUCUUUAAUUGGAAUGUCUGUAAAUGUUUUAAGAUGUGAAGAAGCCAUAAGAUCCAGGGCAGCACACAGAUACAACAUUUAAAAGCAAAAACACAGUAAAAAAGUUUUAAAACUGAACAGUCUAAGAAUAAUUACAAUUAAAGAGUUAUAAAAAUGGUCUUCCAUCCAAUGAUGGGGUUGGCAGGCACAGUAUUCUCCAGCCACCAAAUGCCUGGCUGAACAGGAAUGUUUUCAACUUCCUCCUGAAAGUUAAUAAUGACAGAGACAAACAUACCAUACAAGCAGGUGGGUUCGGCCCAGUCAGCCAGCACAACCCCAACCAUACCUACUCAAGCAAGUCCUAUUGAAUUCAGUGGGGCUUCUUCUCAGCUGUGUGGUGUCAGGAUUGCAGUCUUAGGGAAACUGAAUUUAGGUACCACUGGAAUCAAUGGGAAAUAUUGUCAUGUCUUAAAUCCCAUGGAUUUCAGUGGGAAUGAAGUGCAGUGAAGUUGGGCCUGCAGCCAACUCCAUGCAUCAAACCCCCAUUGCAUCUCUGUAACUGAUUUAUUUUAAAAAUGUGGAUUUGUUAAAUAUGAACUAUAUGAUGCUUGGAUUGAACUGUAUCACUAUUUAGCAGGCUACCCGAGGCUGCCCCUGCUCUUAUAGUCGGCCCCACUCGGGUGGGGUGAGGAAGCAUCUCUGCAGUGUUUGUGGGUUUUUCUUCCAUCUGAGGCUCUUCCAGCUCAAGCGCGCAAGAUAUUUCCUGAUCCAGAGCCUACUGCACUUACGUUGGGCGGGGCCAGCUUUCCUGCACCCCAAACCUACAAAGACGGCGAGGGGGGGGGGGAUAAGAAGGUAAAGAUGCAGGGAUCAGGCGUAAGGCCCGCUUCGUCCGGCAUCCGGCCCCAAAGUGCCUUCUGGGAAGCUCGCCAGCAGGAUCCGACCACAGCUGCGCUCUCCCCGCUGGCGAUCCAGGGAACUUAGUUGCUACGCCGGGCACCAUCCUCUCCGCUCCCCGCCCCUUCCCGCUUUCCUUUCUGCCCAGAUUUUACUUUUAAGUUUCAUUUCCCCAGAUUUUGUCCCGGGGAAGAGGCGGGGCGAGGGAUGAUACUAAAUUGCCGGCCCGGAGAUCCAGAGGAGACUGGCUCGGAGUCGCUUCGGUGGACGCAACAGCCAGAGAUCCGGCAGCGGGACAGAUCGCCACCCAAGACCUCCGCUCCGUAAAGGUGACGUUUCCCCUCGACCCUUUCGACGCCUUGCUGUUAACCGAGCGAUAGGCAAACAACCUUCCAGGAGAGAUUUCAUUUUAUGCCGCAAGAGGGCGAGCGACGCUGGUUGCGGCUCCGCCUUCCCUCCUGGAAGAGCCGAAAGGUCUCGCUCGGUCCUUGGAGGCGCUUCAGCCUUUCCAUUUAAUGGGGCGAAUAAAGGCUUCGUGGGGAGGGAGGGAGGGGCCAUGUUCUCGGGCCCCUGGCUUGGGGAGGAAGGGCGGCGUUGAUUGCCCCCGUUGCGCUCUGCCUUCGCGCCCCAGGACGCAGCAGGUGGGAAGCGUCCCGCCCGAAGUCCUGUUGGAUACGGGGGUGGGAGGGUCACUCUCGGGGAAGUGAAGUUGGGGUCGUGGGAUUUUGGUUAGGGGGCGCAGACCCUCAGAUUCAUAUUGCUUUUUAUUGAUGGGGGGAACUGCCCCCUUGGCUACGCCAGGGAAGGGGGCUCAGUUCCCUCAGGCAGGCACGCGAAGCUCCACAAAACAGCCUGAGGGACGCGGUCGGGUUGUCGUUCUUUCACGGUCCUGUAGCACCAGCCCAGAAGUGAGGCUCCGCUCCGGGCUAGUCAGGCUGUCCGGUUCAGAGAGGCGGUGUUUUCUGAGGGAAGACUGAUGGCGCCCCUUGUGGCAGACGCGAAUAGCGCUGAAGCCCCUUUUGUCACCUGAUAGGAACGCUCCUUGUAGUUUUGGGCGUUGGCUGGUUCUUGUUUGGAGCCGCGCUGAAAGGUUCCUGUUCCAGGCAGAUGCAGAGCUUGAUGCCCCCUUGGUGUGGGGAAGAGCUGAGGAUGGAAGUGUCAGGUGUGGGUUAACGCUCCAGAAUAUAUUAUUAUUAUUAUCAUUCCUGCUGUUGUUAUUCUUACCAUUUCUAUUAUAUGCCACCCUUCAUCAAAAGAUCUCAGCGGGGUUCACUUUCAGGUGGCCGCCAGGCUUUUAAAGGUUCUCUAACCAUGUUUUAAGAGAAAGUAAUAAUCUGAGCAAUCCUGCUCAUAGUUGUGUAUAGGACCACAAACUAAAUAUAAAGCAGGAGAUUUGCGAUCAGGACCUCCCAUGUUUGUCCCCACAGCUGCUGUAAUGAAAACAAUCAGAUUAAAAACUGCAGCUUUAGGAAGGGGGUAAGAUAUUCUUUCCCACAGUUCUCUCAGUUAAAAUCCCCCCUCCAGCAAAGUUGCCGUGUUUACCCCUGUAGGGCAGACAGCAGCCGUGUAUGUAAAAUUGGAGAAAGGGGCAGGGGGAAGGGGAAUUAAAGCCCCUCCACCAGUGUCAUGAUCUUGAUCUGAUUCCCCUCUCCCUCCUACACACAACUGGUUUUCUGUCUAAACAUUUGUUUUCUAAAACAUGGGAGAACUUCCUUAGUGUAAGAAUGGCACAAAAACACCUGGGAACAUUGCCAUUUUAUCAGAUUUCGCUUACUGUAAAUGGGAGGAUGCAUCACAGACAACAGAUAAAUGGGAUAAAAAUCGAAUUUUAUACAAUGACCAGGAACAACAAAAUAUAUUAUACUAUUCAGCUGCUUAUCUUAUGUUACUACAGUUACGUCAUAUGUGUUAUGGAUAAUCAUGCUGUGUUUUUGUUUUGUUUUUCAACUUUGAAUUAAAUGUUGCAGAAAUCAGACCGUAAGAUAAUCAUUUGAAACACAUGCCAGGACAUCUUUUAUUUUCCUGAUACGUAUGUCAGGAGAGUCAGCUUGCACCUUUGUGUCAUAGACAUUAUGAACAUGAUACAAAGUGCAAAAUAUUUAUACAGUAGCUGACAAAAAAAAACCCAGGCGCACGAGUUUAUUCCUCAAACACACUGGAAAAUGACAAAAGUUGGAAGAGGAUUUUGGCAAGUUACUAAAAUAGGGUUGCCUUUUAAAUAUCAGCUUGUCUAGCAGCUUUCUUUGCAUUACAUGGAAGUCUGCCAUUACACAUAUUAGAGCAUUUUUGCACAACUCUGUUCUUGUGGUUAGAGCAGAAUAUGAAUCAAACACUUCCGUCUUUUGUUUCACACACAGUCAGCUGUCAAUUAUCUAGAAGUCUAGGCCUCACUGAUUUCGUUAACAUUUUUUUAAAGUGUGGGAGAACAUCAUCACUUAGCAAUGAGCAAAUUCUUGAGAGAACUGGCUAGGAAACAGAGUGAAAAUGAUGUAUUGAGAAACGACAACAGGGAAGAAGGUAGGAACCUGCCACCUAGUGGACAAAGAUUGAAUUAUUGACAUUGCCUUUAAAAGCGUACACAAAAUCUACAGUAGGACAAUACAGUGGUACCUUGGUUCCUGAACGGCAUAGUGGGCGAACAAAUUGGCUCCCGAACGCCGCAAACCUGGAAGUAAGUGUUCCGGUUUGCGAAUGUUUUUUGGAAGCUGAACAUCCAUUUCAGCUGUCGGCAUUGUUUCUUGGGCCAAUCAGCCAAUCAGAAGCUGCGUCUUGGUUUUCGAACAUUUUGGAAGUUGAGCGGACUUCCAAAAUGGAUUGAAUUCGAGAACCAUGGUACCACUGUACCUUUACUAAGCCUACCAGGUAUUGGAUAUCCCCCUAAAGUGGAUUUAGGAUUUUUUUUCUUAUGGGCCAACAUGUUUACUUUUGUUUUUUCAAAUACCAGGAGCGCUAUACACAAGUGGGUUCCUUGCCUUUUCUGCAGGGCACACAAUGUGUGUGGUUUGUACAAAGAGGGUUCUAGAAGGUUUCUUCUUGUUGUGAUAGAAGGUUUAUUUCCAUGUGAAAGAAACAGGAAGAAGGUUUUGGAUGUUUGGGUUAUUUCUCUGGGAAGCUGAGUACAGCUGGUUUCAACAGGUUUUGUUGUUCAUUCUGUCAAGGUCAUACUGACUAAUAUAGUAAGGCCAGGAGGAGCCUGGGUCUCACUCACUUUCACUUCUGUCUUUGUUCUAGUGUUCUGUUUCUUUAUGCUGUAGUGUUAAAGUUUAGUCUUACUAAGUUUGUAAGUUUUAUUGUAAGUGCUGCAACUGGAUUUUUAUGGACUGUGUCAAUCCUAAUUGUUUUGGAUUUGUGACCAUUUAUGCUCAUUUGCCUUCAGUACCAGUAAAGCUCUGCUGAAUGAAGUACAAUUGCCCCUGGUCUGUUUUUUUGGAAACUCUGCUGUACGUGUUGAAGUUUUUUCCUCCGGUGCUAAUGCGACAGUGACCACCUGGUUGAUACCCUCAGCCUUGGAGCAGGUGCUUCGUCACAAUCUGAAAUCCUGUGGGCGCUGGCCAGCUGACAAGAGUAGCAGGGAGUGAAGACAGGAGUUCUUUGCUAUCUUCUGCUACUUCAGAAUAGUGGUAGUGGUGGUAGUGAACACAGCUGGCUUUGAAUUUCCGUUUGUAUUUAUACUUUAUGCUUAUGAGUUAAGAGCCGAAGCCUGGAAAUCCUUCAUUUGCAUCUCUACUCCUUUCUUCUUCUUCUGAUGCCUUAAAGACUUAAUACAUUUAUUGUGGCAUAAGCUUUCAAGGACUGCAGUCCUCUGUAUCAGAUACACAAAGUGCUGUCUUGACUAGGAGGAUGGAUAGCACUUCACACACCUGCUGUUGACUGCAGUCUGUGAAGCUUAUGCCAUAAUAUACUUAUUUAUUUGUAUUUAUGGUGCAACAGGAACUCUUGUUUUUGCUGCAAAAGACUUAACAUGCCUAGCCCUCAAGAAAAGGGAAAAUACAUUAUUGCAGACAGGCACAUGGUGAGGAAAAAAAAUACACACGGUGACAUUUAAAAAAAAAAUCCAAUUUAUUUAAAUGAAAGGAUAUGCAAGCUUGCAAAAGCAGAAUUUGUUUGCACAGGACUCUUCCUUUUGAACUUUCCCCUUUGUUUGGAUCUGAGAGAGCAGAGUUUUAUAGUUCUAGCCUUAGAGUUUUUUAAUUCAGCUUGUAUAGCAUUCUGACCUUACCUGGAAGUAAACCCUAUGGUAUACAGUGGGAAUUGCUUCCAAGUAAACCACAUUUAGUAUUUAAUACACUGGAAGUGUAUUAAAUACUGAACCAUUGUUGGAUAAAGAUAUUAUGCAGAUUGACAGCUAUCUUGCAUUAAGAUGGAAUGUAAAAUGCUGUGCAGAUGUUAUCCUUUCCUUCUGCUUAUUUAAAUAGUUAAGUUGAGAAUAGUGGAGACAAACAUUCUAGUGUAUCUCCUGCUUCCAGAUCUCCAUAAAUAUGUGCAUGCCCCAUUUUCACCCACCCACAUCCACAGUUCCAAUCCAGCCCCCAUCACUGCUUUGAGCUUUUCUUCUUCUUGACAAAAUGUCUAAUAUCAUUUCAGGAAUCAAUAAAGGAAAGUCCCAGAUAA